GUCAUCGUUGGUCUUGCAGUGUGCUGCUGGACGCGUUGAGUGAUUUGUUUUCGUGUAUUGUGGGUUAAGAAAAACGGUCUAGCGAUGAUGUUCAGAAACCAAUACGACAGUGAUGUCACUGUCUGGAGUCCUCAAGGUCGUUUACAUCAAGUGGAAUAUGCUAUGGAAGCUGUGAAACUGGGCUCAGCUACAGUAGGAUUAAAAAAUAGAACACACGCUGUGCUUAUUGCUCUGAAACGAGCAUCAUCUGAACUCUCUGCUCAUCAGAAAAAGAUUAUUCCAAUAGAUUCUCAUGUUGGCAUUUCAAUAGCUGGUUUGACAGCAGAUGCUAGAAUUCUCAGUCGUUAUAUGAGAAAUGAAUGUCUAAAUCAUAAAUAUUCACAUGAUGCCUUACUCGCCAUCAGUCGUCUCAUUGCAAACAUAGGUAACAAGAUGCAAGUAUGCACCCAACGUUAUGAUCGACGACCGUAUGGAGUGGGUCUUCUUGUUGCUGGUUAUGACGAUCAAGGACCACAUAUUUAUCAGACAUGCCCAUCUGCAAAUUUCUUUGACUGCAAGGCUAUGGCAAUAGGUUCAAGAUCCCAGAGUGCUCGUACGUAUUUAGAGAAACAUUUGGAUGAAUUUCUGGAAUGUGACAAUGAUGAACUUAUUAAACAUGGAUUACGUGCUCUCAGGGACACACUGCCAAAUGAGGUAGAACUGAACAACAAGAAUGUUUCAAUAGCACUUGUCGGCAAAGGUACCGACUUCACAGUUUUCAGUGAAGAAGAGACUGGGCGUUAUCUUGCCAUGAUUGAAGGUGAGGAGAGACGUACGGGGCAGCCACCGCCAGAGGAGCAGCCAGCGCCGAGUGGUGACACAGGCCCUGCACCUGAUCCAGACCCUCAACCUGCUGUAGCAAUGGACACUGAAUAAGCUUUCAGCUGUUGUUUGAUGUAUGCAUUUACAGCAGUAAUAUUGUGGAGUGAAAGUGUUAUCCAUAAGGCCAUAGCUAAAGUGAGAAUGUGGAUGCUACAGUCAGUAUAUACUCAGGAACUAUUAUUUUAACUAAAAUUUUGGAGUACUGUCUCCGGGGGUUUACUCUGUUAACUUAUGUCUCCCUUAGUUAAUGUUUUUAUCUAUGCCUUUUGUGGUAUUUAUAUUUUGUGUGUGAUAUUUAAGCCCAUGUUAUAUCAAAUUUACUGAUUUUGCAAAUGCUUAAAGUAAGUAUUUUAGUUUUUUUGCAGAUACUUUUUGUAAAUUUUCAAACAAUGUUUUAUGACACAGUACCAUUCUGAGUUGCAUAUAUGACUGCUAGCAAUGGCUGUUUCACUGCAAAGAUUGAACUGUUCAUGAAGCCCUCUGUAUUACUGCAGUGUAAUAAACCAGUUGUAUUUUUCA